AUGGGAAGUAAAAUCCCUUUUGUCGGUGGUCUCUUUAAAACAGCAGGAGAAACAGUAGAAGGAGAUAAAAAAACUACGGGAACUCCUUCGGUAGCUGAUAUUAUUACUGGCAAAAAGUAUGGGGAAUUGUUAGGAGCUAAAACCGAAGAUAAACAAACUCAAAAUAAAGAUCAAUCGGAAAAUGAACAACAAACUAAAAGACAAAAAGCUUCCACAGCUAAAAAUACUUUUAAUAGUGCUACGGCUAUUGGUGAAGAGGAUACCGAAUUUAUUCCAGGAGAAGACAAAAGAGAAACCAAACAAGAAGUCCCAGCUAAUAGUGCCGUUUCAGGACACAUGGGAAUAUUUCCCGUAGACAAUCCAAAUAAAGACUAUUUCAGUGAGUUAUGUGCUGAUGAUAUGAAUGCUAAUAGUGUUAAUCCUGGAACAGCAGCAGCCAGUUCGACAGGCUGA